GUAAAUUUUCAAAGCUGAAGUGCCAUUUUGUAUUAACUGUCACAAAAAUAUCUUCACCGGCAAAAUCUCUCGAACCUUCUUCCCAUGAAAACCAAAAACAAAUGACAAGAUAUUUUUUCUCUCUCUAAAAAAAACUCUCUACUCUACCUCCGAAUAUUUCAAUUAUAUCUUUUUUACACCCCAACGUAAUUUCCUUUGCUAUGCCUUUCGGUUCGAUUUGAAGUCUUGAAUCUCCGUGCGUUAGAUAUUUUUUAGAACAUUUGAGGUUGUAGGCUACCUGUGAUGGAUCGAGAAGGUGGAGGAUCCAACGGUGGAUCUUGUUACUACUCUGUUCUUGGUAUUCGCAGGGAAGCCUCUUCCUCUGAUAUUCGCACCGCUUAUCGAAAACUCGCUAUGAGAUGGCACCCUGAUAAAUGGACUCGGAACCCUUCAACUGCUGGAGAAGCCAAACGGCGGUUUCAGCAAAUUCAAGAAGCGUACUCAGUUCUUUCAGAUGAGUCUAAAAGGUCAAUGUACGAUGCUGGACUCUACGACCCUCUAGAAGAAGAAGAUCAAGAAUUUUGUGAUUUUAUGAGCGAAAUGAUCUCAAUGAUGAAUAAUGUGAAAGACGAGGGGGACAGUUUGGAAGAUCUACAAAGGAUGUUUGUAGAGAUGGUUGGUGGAGAUGGAAUGAGCGUUGAGUUGAACCAGGAUCAGACGGCUGGGAAGAGAGGACGCUCUAGUGGAUCAAGAGGCAACGCAGCCAAGCGCAGCAAUUCUUGCCGCUAGUACGAUGUACUGGAUGGAUCCGUCUUGUGUUAUUGUAAAACCUUUUUCAUAAUUUCUUAAUAUAAAUUGGAUUAUUGAAGUGCAAAUACAAGGAUUGCGAUUUCAAAGUUCAAUCAGGUCAGCUAGCUAGGUAAUUUGGCUCUUAGUUCUGUCCGUGCUAUGAUUCGUGGCUGAUUUUUAUCUUUUUAUUUUUUCUACUUUUGGUUUUAUUUUCUGUAGUUACAGUUGAAGUGAUUUUACACACAGAUAUAAAAUUAAUUUUCACUUGUUUAGAUAAUA